ACGGACCAAUCCCUGCAGCGCUUGCUCAGAGGAACCCAGAUCCAACAUGGCGGAGGGAACUGGGUGUAAAUAAACACACGUUAGACGUUUUAAAAGCUAUAGCUAACAACACUCGCAUUUUUGUGUAUAUGACAUAUUGUACCGGGGAAGUAAAAUGUCAACUGACGGAAACAAGAAACAAUUCUGGAAAAGAAACACAGCUAAGGUCCCUGGCAGCAUACAACAUGUGUAUGGUGCUCAACAUCCUCCUUUCGACCCUCUUCUGCAUGCUAAUCUAAUCAAAGCAGGCAACAAGCCCCAGAUGACACCGGGAGGGAAGCCAAAGAAAGCCACCACCUUCCAGGAGUUUGAGAGCAUCACCAGCGAUGCCUGGGAUGUGGGGGACGAUGACGACGAGCUGCUCGCCAUGGCCGCACAGAACCUCAACAUCGAGGUCGUCAUGGAAACCGCCAACAAGGUUAUCGAGAACCACAGCAAGCAGCAGGAGAAGCAGAGACAGGACGAUGCUGGCGCGUCAGAGCUGGAGGAAAGAGAGGAAGAGGAUGCAAAUGAAGAAGAGGUGGAAGAAGAGGAAGAGGAGGAAUCGACCCCUGAGGUGUCGUUUGCCUCUGAGCCCAGCCCGCUCAGCGAUGGCAGACUUGUGAAGUCACUGAGUGAGGCCCCCAUCGGAUCACCUAAGGAUGCGGCCGGAGAGAGAGCGUCGCUCCACAGACAGCAGUCCCUGCCCCACCGGCCCACCAUCCCCAUGGUGGCUCGUAUAGCUGACCAGAACACCUCCGGGACCCCAGCCAUGACAGAGAGAGAGGCCUCUCGCCUGGACAAGUUCAGACAGGUCCUGGCUGGACCCAACACUGACCUUGAGGAAUUACGAAAGUUGAGCUGGUCUGGAAUUCCACGCCAGGUUCGUCCAAUCACGUGGAAGCUCCUUUCGGGUUACCUUCCUGCCAACACCGAGAGGAGAGAGAGCACGCUACAAAGGAAGAGACAGGAAUACUUUGGUUUCAUAGAACAGUACUACGACUCACGCAAUGACGAGCACCACCAAGACACAUACAGACAGAUUCACAUUGACAUACCAAGAACUAAUCCCCUUAUUCCUCUCUUUCAACAAGCUUCUGUCCAAGAGAUCUUUGAGCGUAUCCUGUUCAUCUGGGCGAUCCGCCACCCGGCCAGCGGCUACGUGCAGGGCAUCAACGACCUCGUCACGCCUUUCUUCGUCGUCUAUGUCUUUGAGUACAUCAAGGAGGAGGUGGAGAACUUUGACGUGUCCAGCUUGCAGGAGGAGACUUUGCGGAACAUCGAGGCUGACAGUUUCUGGUGCAUGAGCAAGCUGUUGGACGGCAUUCAGGACAACUACACAUUUGCUCAGCCGGGGAUCCAAAGAAAAGUCAAGGCUCUGGAGGAGUUGGUCAGCAGGAUCGAUGAAAUGGUGCACGUCCACAUGCAGCAGUAUGAAGUGGAGUAUCUCCAGUUUGCCUUCCGUUGGAUGAACAACCUGCUGAUGAGAGAGCUGCCGUUACGCUGCACUAUACGCCUCUGGGACACCUACCAGGCUGAACCAGAGGGAUUCUCUCACUUCCAUCUCUACGUGUGUGCUGCUUUCCUGGUACGAUGGAGGAAAGAGAUUCUAGAUGAGAGAGAUUUCCAGGGUCUGAUGAUCCUGCUGCAGAACCUACCCACCAUGCACUGGGGCAACGAGGAGGUCAGCGUGCUCCUGGCCGAGGCCUACAGGCUGAAGUUUGCCUUCGCUGACGCCCCCAACCACUACAAGAGAUGAGUGUGGCCCAUGUGGCCCCUGACAGUUAGCUACUGAACCUCUGACAGAGGGCCCCUGGAGGACGGAUGGACCCCCUCCUCGACUUUCUUGUCCCUCGGCAGUCCACGACCAUUGCUACUAGUAGAUUAAAACAAAAACAACAUUUACGUCCCAAAUGGCACCCUAUUCUUUACAAAGUGCAUUACUUUUGACCAGAGCCACAAGUAGUGCACUAUGUAGGGAAUAGGGUGCCAUUUGGGUGCAUCCAACCAGUGCUUCUUGGUAUGUGUGUACCGUUCCAACCGACUGUUCUUCUUAACUCCUCUUCUCUUUGUUCUUAACAAUGAAAUUACAUUUGUGCAACACUUCAACAACAUCAAUGCCUGUCCCAUCGAAGUAGACCCCAACCAAAAAAGAAAGACCUCCAGUCAGUGUGAUAAUGGAGAUCUUGCUGCAGAACAAUGGAUGACUGUUCUAGACUGUCCUGUACUGUACUGUUUGUCCCUGACUGGCCACAGCAGCCUCAACAUGUCCCGAGACCUAAUUAAUUAAUUGUAGGCCUGAACUAACCAGUGUGGGGGAGGGGGAAAUAGAGAUCGAGACCUGCACUAGGUUGAUAUCUGUCACUUUUAAUUCCUAAGGAAACUGAGGACACACACGUCAUCAUUCUAGUCAUCUCUAGCUGGCAUCGAGCUCUUCUCUCAUCUCCACGCUCCGUGCUUUCAGUUCCAGACAAGCGGUCAAUCCCCCAGAGACAAGUGGGUUUUUAGUUAAAAACAGAAACACAUUCACUUACAAGGCAAUAAUUAGCUAAUAGGGAGAUCAGAAAGUAUGUUUCAUUCUGACUCUGACAUGGUCCGCAGGGGUGGGUCUAAUAAUAUAAGGUCUAACACCACUCUCUGAACUCUAUUGUAUUAUGUCAGAUAUUUGUGAUAUUUGUCAGUUGGCUGAGGGAAGGACGAGUGUCGCGUUACUCUGCCUGACGUACGAUCGUCUCUGAACCUAGGACUCACUACCUAACUCCAUCAGUCUAUCAGUUAGACACGUUGGCACAGCACCAUGCAGUGGUGAGCAGUCACCUUUUAGGCCAGGAUAUUUCCUAGUUAGGUCACAUGGUCUGAAAACAAAAAACUCCAGGCCGUAGCCCUUUAUACUCGUAACCGUAUACGGGUUGAUAAUGGCAGAUUUGGGCACUGAUAAACAACUAAAUUGGAACGCAGUGGCUGUACAGUAACGUGCUAUACAUGUCAGAGCUCUGGCUCUGCGCUUCAUAGUGCUGUAUGGGUUUUUGACUGACAGCUGUUCUGAACUUGAGUUCAAAUAUGCACUUCACAUUUCCAUAUCAUGAAACUCAUGCCAUAUAUAGUGUCAACGUUUAUGAUCACUAUGUUUGAUGUACAGUUACAGGAUGGCAUGGCGUCAUACACAGCGUUGUCUGAACAGAAUGAGCCUAUGUUUGUUUAUUGUGAAGAAAAUUUGCCGCGGCAGACGCACUUGAAUGCACUCAAGACUCCUUUCUUUGCGCACCAAGAUUAUCAUCUGGUUCCCUGAAUUGCAUUGUGAAAGCAAGUAAUAUCGCAGGGUUGUGUUCCAAACAAAACAACUACAAGUGUAUUUGCGCUAGUUCCUCAACGGCACAGCUAGGAGAGCUCAUAAAGGCACCUUAUAGUUGAAGACAUAGUGCUUUGAAAUUACCUAGGAACUGUGCACACUGGAGAGGCAUGUGGCCACAAGGAGACACCAGUUAGUCCUCUCACUCAAACCCUUGUAAUCGUUUUGUCUUAUGUUGCACCUACCCCACAUUUUCCAGGAAUGUUCUUAUCAUGUUACUGAAUAUAUCCAGAGUAUUUUCAGAUUUUGUUACCAACAAAUGCAGCGAAAGUACAGUAAAUGUAGAACGCACAUAAAAUCAAGCGUAAUCAUUUUCCCAUAAACUCCUAACUGUUCCCUUUCAAUUGCUACCAUGGUCAUGCAUAUGCUUUUCAUAUUUCUUCUGUAAGAAACAUUUCAAUUUAGCCCUAUCCAUAUAGUCCAAUUUCCACGAGUGUAAAGGAUUAAAAAUGACUCCCCAAAACACAGAAGUAGGACCAUGAGUUUUGUUUUGUUCUGGUCAGGCUACGUGGUCAGGCAAAACUCCUGGACUAUGACAAUUUGUAACUGCUCAUAUCCCAGAACUAGGGCCCAUAGUUAGAUUUUUGGAAAAUAAAAACUAAAUUGCUGACAUGGGUCAUUGUACCCAGUCCAGUAGCUUUGUUCUUUAUUCAGUCUAUUCAUAAACACUUACUGACUGAGGGUGUUAGGGUGUAAUACAUUAACUCUCUCCAUUUGUCUUAAUUUGACUGCUUAGGGUUUUUAUUUGAUGUACCAAACAAGUUUGUUUUUGCCUGAGGUAGCAACUACCACCACCAUAUUGGUGUAGAGCCCUCAAACUCAACUCUGGACUCAACUCAGUUCCACUCCUGUUUUUCAUUGUUCCCCUCUAAUCAGGGACUGAUUUAGACUUGAGACAACCGGUGGGUGCAAUUAACUAUCAGGUAGAACAGAAAGCCAGCAGGCUCUGCACCACGUGGGGUAAGAGUUGUAUACCCCUUGUGUAGAGGAUUAAUAUAUGAUGUAAAUUAGAUGUUAAAAUAAUAUGUACAACUUGUAUCAUCAAAUACAUCCUGUCAGGUAACACUGGAGACCAAUAAUUGUUGCAUGAACCCCUCGAUGAUGUGUGUUGUUGAUAUGUGGGUUGGGAGUGAAUGUAUAGAUGGGGCAGCUUAAUACUAUCAGUAUUUGAACCUCCUCAGUUUCUUUUGAUCAUGACGGUAAUGUUUUUGCGCUCCAUGUCAGUUCCAGGCCCAAUUUCCAAUUCUCACAUUGAAUAGAAAUGGAAAAAAACUGCACUUGAUAAAAGUACAUUUUCUUCCCUUUUUUUGUACGAAAUAUAUUAUUUGGAAUCAGCUUUAAAAAUCAGUCUCUCUCCUCCCUUUUUGAUAUACUGUUUACAUGAGCCUCUUAAGUUGUGCCUAAUGUAGAGAGAGCAGAUCAUCAUAGAUAUUUAUUUUACCUUAAUUUAUGCUCUGCAAAUGAAACGAGAACGUUUAUUCAGUUGAUGCAUUCACUGUCUGUGUUUGCUAAGCCAUGACAGUGUUUGCAUCCAAAAUGGCCCCCUAUUUCCGAUAUAGUGCACUACUUUAUGGGCUCUGGUCAAAAGUAGUGCACUAUAUAGGGAAUAGGGUGCCAUUUGGGAUGCAACCAGUGAGUCCACAGAAUCACAUCAGUAAUUCUAGCAGCUGCCUUCUCUGGUAUCCUUAUGUGUUUCAACUUGGUUUGAUGUUCCCAACAAUCCUUACAGACACACCUUCUGUAAAAGUCACAAGCCCUUGGUUACCAUGGUUACUGUGGUGACCAGGUGUCCGUCCGCUGGCUGGAGCCCUCGGACACACAUACUGGACAUUGCAGUCAGCAUCUCAUAGGGCAUGACCUAACAUGUUUGGUCUCCCUCCUAAAGCUUUUUUUUUUAAGGUUUGAAUUUCACUCUUUCUUUUGUUCUGUUUCUUUUCAGAGAUGUUAAAAUGUUUCUGACCAAACUAAGACUGGUCCUCUUUCCCUUCUGACCUCUGACUAAGACAUCUGAAAGUGUGAAUCUCAUACAGUGGAGAGGGAUUGUGAUUAUUCUUUUUUUAAAUGUAUGUGUACAGAGCAAAUGAAUUUUGAAACAAAGAUCUGUAAAUAGAAAAGUGUAAAUAAAUGCUAUAUAUGACCAAA